AUGGCGGCACGCGUGGCGCCUCUGGGCUCUACGCUCUCGAUUCGGCCUUCCUUGUCCUCCCGCGCCGCCUCCCAUUGUAACUGCUCACGGGCAACGCUUGGCAGGCCGCAUAAGACGUCUCUGGCGGCGGCUGUUACCGCAGCUCCAUUUUUCCACUGCGCGCCGAUUUCCCCGCACGGUACUGGCGCAAUUCUCCCUGCGCGUGUCAUCCGCACUUGCGCGCGCUUCCCGACCGUCCCCGCAAUCGCCGCCGCCGCUACCGGCCCCGUUUCCCCCGGCGCUUCUCGCGGCCCGCAACCCCCUUCCGCCACAUCCGGGGCCGCUGCGCCCACUGCAACCAUCGCCGCCGCCGCCUCCGCCGCUGCGUCCGCCGCCGUCGAAACCGCCGCUGGUGCCAUCGCUACCGCCGUAGCAGCGCUCGAUCUGGAGGCGCAAAAGGCGCCGCAAGUGGCGCCGAAAGCUCCGCCUACGGAUUCACGGAACACAAUCACCGUGAGAAGCCCAGUGGGAGUGGACGAGCCGCCGUUUCUGCGGGCGCGGUUGACGGAGCGGCCUGUACCGGGUCAGGCGCGGUGGCAGCCGCCUGCGGGGCAGCCGAGCCGCUGCUUCCUGCCACGUCCGCUGACGUACAGCUCGAGCAUUGAUGACGUGGAUCCUGACGAGGUGAGCGGAGAUAGAGCUUCAGAUGAAAGGGAAAACGAUGGGGUGGUGGGGGGGGCGGAGGUGGGAGAGGAAGGGGGAGAGGGGGGGGGCGUGGGGGAAGGAGAUAGCGCAUGUGUGGCCCGCACGCUCAAGGUGGACAGGGAGCCAAGGAAGAUAGCGCAUGUGUGGUACCGCACGCUCAAGAUAGCGCAUGUGUGGUACCGCACGCUCAAGGUGGACAGACCGGCUAGGAAGGUGAUGAAGGCCAUGCGCCACAGCUACUCGAUCGUGGUGGUAAUGGACGAGUCGCAGCGCAGCCUCUCAGGCAAACGCGGCAAGACCAUUGGUGUGGGACGAGCCAUAUCCGAUGGAUCCUUUGUGGCCACUAUAUGCGAUGUGGCAGUGUUGCCAGAGUAUCAGCAGAAGGGCGUGGGAAGACGAAUCGUCAGGAAGCUGAUCCAGGACAUGCAGCGAAGGGGACCCAGUGGUUAUGCAGUCUUCCCCCCUCCGCUCGCACGCCGCUUCUUCUGGAUGAUGGGCUUCAGAUACGAGCGCAAGUAUAGCCUCAUGGCAUACCACGGCCAGCUCAUGGAGCCUUCUCCUUGUGACCCUACUGCCGCUGCUCCUGCUGUUGUUGGUGCUUCUGCUGGUGGCUCUGCUGCUAUGUCUUACUCGGGAAGGGUGGAUGGCGGCGGAGGGGAGGUGGUUUGA